CCCUUGGCUGAUGGAUUCCCCACACCCAAUCCUGCCCAGCUGGCAAAGAUCGAGGAGACCGCAAUGGGUACUGUGCCUAAUGGGCCUCUCCCCAAGAAGCUGGACCCUGAUUCCAUCACGGCGUUGCAGCUCGUGGCCUUCAAUGAGAUGAUGGAGGUCGCCCUCUUCAACAGCCUCGUGACUAACAUCACCACUAACGCGAAAGGGUACAGCGACUUCCAAGGCGAGACGAAGGACUAUGUUCUCAAGGUCUUCAAAACCGUCCUCGCCCAAGAAGAGAUCCACGCCAUCUCGGCCAACGCUGCCCUCAAAUCUGCCGGUGCCCCCACGAUCGCGCCCUGUGGCUCAUACCAUUUCCCCGCCACGACAUUCGAGGAGGGCGUUCUGUUCGCGGACGAGGUUACAGCUCUCGUACUCGGCGUCCUACAGGAUGUGGCCUCCACCUUUGCCAAAUCGGACGAUGCUCGCGGUCUCGUCGGACUGGUAGCGAGCGUCGUAGGCCAGGAGGGCGAACAGCGCGGCUACUAUCGUCGUGUGGGCAAGCAUGUUCCCUCCAGCCUCCCCUUCGGUACGCAAGCAAACGUCCAGCUGGCUUGGAACGCCCUGCAGCAAUUCGUCUCCGACUGCCCGAGCGCGAAGGAUAUCAAGCUCAAGGCUGGAGAGCCCGUUACUGUCGUCUUCCCACCCAAGGAGAGCGUGACCGCUACGACGGUGCUUUCCUUCAAGGCGAACACCACCAACCCUCCUCCUCUAGCCGGGACGGAUAAGAACCAGGACAAGAACAAGCACCCUCCUGCUCCUGGUGCCUCGUCGUCGUACUUUGUCACCUACAUCAACCAGCUCAACACUCCCGUUACGGUACCCGCCAAGAUCAACAACCCGCCUCACGGCGCCAAGCCCGCUCCUGGUACCGUGGAGAUAAUGGCUCCCUUCCCCUUGCACGAGCACAAGUUGAAUGGACUCACCCUCGCCCUCGUUGGGACGCAAAAGGGGCCCUUUGCUACGCUAGAGGACGCAGUCAAGGGGAGCGUGGCCGGGCCGGGCUUG